GGGAGCGCAUGCGCGGAGCGGCCGCGGGGCCGGCGGGAUGAGCGCCGUGCCGGGGCUGAGGGAGGACUGCGAGGAGCUGCUGGGCGCCUUCCAGCAGGCGGACACCGUCCGCUUCGAGCGCUUCGCCGAGCUGUGGCGGGAGCGCCGCUUCCACACCAUCUUCUAUGGUAGAAUAAGAGCUUUGGAGAGGAAUAAGCUCGCAAAGAAGACUCUAGAGCUGGCCCAGCAGUACUUCUUUCCUCCCUACUCCUUCCAGAUCCGAGUUGGUGCUCUGUACCUUCUGUAUGGGCUCUAUAAUGCCCAGCUUUGUCAGCCAAAACAAAAGAUCAGAAUUGCACUCAAGGAUUGGCCUGAAAUCCAGAAGUUUCAGCAGGAUCUGCUUGACUCCCAGCACUAUGAUGCAGCCUACAUCUUCAUGAGACUGCGACUUGCCAGAGCCUUCCAUUUCACAGCAAUGCCAAAGCUACUGACCUACAGAACUAAGAAGAAGAUUGAGGAAAAUUAUUUUAAAGAAGAAUUUAAGGACCCGAGUAACAGAGUAAACAGCCUCAUCACUAAUGAUGUAUUGGAGGAACUGAUGAAUAUUCACGACCACUAUCAGAAAAUGAAGUGUGUCAUUUCAGCUGACAAAUCCCAGCCAGACAAGGCCCUGAGCUUGAUAAAAGAUGACUUUGUGGUUAGUCUCAAAGACAUAACCUUGGAACAUCAGGAAUGGCAGCAGAACAGAAUGAAAUUACUCCGAAAUGCUAAAGUAACUCCUGAAGCAGAAAACAAAAAGAAAGAGGAGACUUUGCUAGAAUCAGAGGGUUCUGAAAGAGCAAAUGCCCUGGCCAGAAUCAAAUACAAGUCUUAUUCUGCAGUUGUUGAGGUUUCCAGAUCCAGGAGACAUCGGCAAGUGCAGUUGGAAUCCUCUGAAUCGGGGUCCAGUUGUGGGAAGUCUCCAAGUCGAAGUAAAAAAGCCAGCAGGACACCACAGCCAGCAAGGAGAGGUUCUUCAAAAGUUAGAGGUGAAAUGCAAGUGGCAGAGGAAACUGUAACUCGGCAUAUCGGGAUGCCAGUAAUCACAGAAGAGGACUCAGAUGAAGGAGAAGUAUCUCUCCCCAAGAGGAGAAGAUGACAUUAGAGGAUCCAGUUGGAGAAGCGCUAAUGUUAAUUUUAAUGACAAAAUGAAAAUGUCAGAGGUAACACCAAGUGCUUGUUUUGGAUACCUUUGAACAUAAAGGAAGUGUCUGGGACCAGAACUGCAGGUGCUGCUGGAAUACUGGUAGUGCCUGGGAUACUUCAGCUGUCUUGUGGUGCCUUUAUUCACCUGGUGAAUGCUUCCUGAGGGAGACUGAAGUUGCUGUGUCCUGGCUGAGCUGGAAAGGGAAGGCUCAGAAGAUAUUUGCCAAUGUGAGACUUGUCUAUAAUCCUUUAUCUCUGAACAUAAGGUUAUUGACUUGAAAAUUAGUACAAUAAAUUAUUUUUCACACUUGACUUGCUCCAUUUUAUGGUGUGUACACUUCACUGCUUAUCAUGGUUUGAUCCCACACAUCUGGAAAUGAGCUUGCUGAUAAGCUUUUUGUUGUGCCCUGUCUCCAGCAGAUCUGGAGUUACUGUGUACUGAAAUUGAAGGAUGUAAGGGGUGUUCAUUAAUUCUGCAGAUAAUCCUAAGCUGUACCAAGGGCAGGACUGGAAUUCAAAAUGAUCUUUAUGAAUUGGAGGGGAGUGGAAGAAGCGAGUGCAGAAAUAAACAUGGAUCUCAGCAUUGAGAACAGGCACAGCAUGGAGAAAUAUUUGCUUGGCAGAAGUGCAGCACAAGAAGCAAACGGCGUGAGAAUCAUCAGCUGGAAUGUUUUCUGUAAACACUAAAACCAAUAGAAUUUGUGUCACUUGGCCUUGGAAGGCUGUAGCCUUAAAUAUCCCCAUCUGACCACAACAGUUUAAGAGGAAUGUGGAGUUAUUCUCCUUGGAAUUUCUCCAGUUGAUCACAUCUGUUCUUUCAAGAAAGGCAAAGGAGUUAAGUGUCCUUUUCUACAGGAAGAAAUGUAAAUUAGAAAUUUGAAAGAUUUAGAAUACAAAAAACACCUAAUUUGAAUUAAUUAGUUUGGUAAUAUGACUGUCAAAGGCCAGAGGAAUUGAAGUGCUCUUACCUAGAAGAAAAAACAUUUAAAUGGAGAUACAAAUGGUUUUACUGUUAAAGGUUUCCGUAUUAAAUGUGUUGGUUGGCAAGGGGGAAUGGGCCAAAAUGCGGUGGGACACUGGAAAAGCUGAUGAUGAAGUGCCAGAGUUGCAUUCAACCUUGUUAAUGACAAAAGAGGACACACUUUGUAAUAAAGCCAAGUAAUUAUAAUAAUAAACCUUACUGCACUGUAAA